CGGGUGCCGCCUGCACGAUCAGCAGGCGCGAGAGGGGCUUUAAUGUAUAUCCCAUGCACGCUUCGGCCCGGGGACGACAUUCUCCAUUGACCCUUCUUUAUUGGUAGUCUCAUCAGCUCCAAGUUGGCUGCAUAUUUGUUUCAGUCAUCUCCCUCCGACCAUUGCGGAUAUUGUGGUUGUCCUGCCACCAACUACCUACCUAUCCAGGCAUUUCAUUCCUGAUCUGGCCUAUAACACUAAUCCUUCAUCAUCCAUCCGUCGUCAACGUCAACACGCACGUCUGGACAAAGAUGUCAACCACGACCACAGUUACGAGAGAGCGCAAGCAGACUGUAGCACCGGAUUUAGACUCACAGAUCGCCAAGCUUGACAGGCAUGGCCUUCUCUUUGGUCAGAAGCUCACGGCUUCCAUGUCACCCCUUUUACACGAUGUUGUCUAUCGAGAGCUCGGUCUGAAUUGGGAGCAGCUCAGGCUUGAUUCUACGGAUAUGGACCUCUUUCUGAGAUUAAUACGUCAUCCCAAGUUCUAUGGAGCCUCCAUCACCAUGCCGCACAAAGUUGCCAUCAUUCCUCACCUAGAUGAGCUCACAGAAGAGUGCCGCGACGUUGGCGCCUGCAACACCCUCUUUCUCCGACAUCUCCCAGAUGGGCGCCGUAUUUUCUGCGGUGCCAAUACCGACGUGAUUGGUAUUCGUGAAUCCUUUGUGCAGAAUGUCUCGGACCCUUCUGUCUACGAGAACCGCCCUGCCAUGGUCAUCGGCGGUGGUGGUGCCGCUCGGUCCGCCAUCUAUGCUAUCCACAAAUGGCUCAAGGCCACUUGCAUCUAUGUCGUUAGUCGCGACAAGAGCGAGAUCACGGCCGUUGUAGCCGAGUGCAGCAGGCGUUCCUACGGAGCUCGGUUGGUCCAUGUCGAGACGGUUGAGCAGGCAGAAGCACUCGAGGGUCCAGGAGCUAUUGUUUCCUGCAUUCCAGACUUUCCCCCUGUGUCAGAGGGCGAAAAGGUCUUGAGGCGCAUCAUUGAGGUUAUGUUGCGGAAGGAGAAGAAGGGCGCACUCCUGGAGAUGUGCUACAACCCCUCGCCUUAUACCGCCCUUGGUGCCCUAGCCGAGUCCGAGGGCUGGCAGGUUAUUCUCGGGACUGAGGCACUGAUUUGGCAGGGAAUCGAGCAGGACAAGUACUGGACGGGUCGCGACAGCAGUGAACUCCCAGUUUCACAGGUGAAGAAAGCAAUCGCCGCUAGGUUAGCACAAAUCUCUAGACAGUAAAUACUAUACCUUGGAUUACAUUUCCCCCGGUCCGAUGUCAACCUUUGGUGCGACAACGUGAUCUAGAAAUGCUUCCCGUGAGACUUUAAGAUCUCAAACAAGGCCGGCUCAUCCUGAUCGUACCUCAGGGGCUUUGUCGGU